AAUGCUGGCUGGUAUCAGGUGCACGCGCUCAUUGCAUGGCCACGUGGGCGCUAUUUUACCCGCUUCAGCAAGCCGUCGUUGUGCGGUAUACGACGUUUUACUGCUAGCUUUUAAACUACCGCGGUCUGUGUGUUCAUGGCUUGGAGAAGAAUGUCAAAUUUAGUGUUGUUACUGUUGAGUUCGGUUUGCAUUGAACUGACUAAAGCACAGCGAUUAGAACGAAUGCACGGAUACCAAAGUAGUUUCACUGGUGAAUUGCUGGAUGAACCUGAUGUGGCCUUUUAUCCGUAUUCUGAUAACGAUUAUGACUACCCUGAAAGUAAAAUCACAACACAUCUACGAGAUUUACAUAAUGCUUCUUCUACGGUCGAGUACUUUUCAGACCGUGACGGUGAUCUGGAGUUGGGAAACGUAGCAGGACCUGCUCUUAUUAAAGAAAUUUAUAAGUUUCCUUUGCCAAAGAAAUCAUCUGAAGGAUUUGCAGUCUUCUGCUCUGACGAGAAAAUGACUGUGAGGCUGCCUUCUGGGCCAAAGGAAAAAAUCAAAGUUCAGGGAUCUGAAGGGCUUAUACCUGUAGUAGCGCUCGCUGGGUCUUGUGGGUAUUCUAUGAAAGAGGGUCUGGAUCAUAAUACCCUGAGCAUCUCCUUUACGGGCUGUCAUGUCACUCUUAAGAAAAGACUGUACACUGUGAAGCUGGUUUAUUCGACCUUUGAUGGACAAAAUGGUGACAUUGAUGCAUCCUGUACUGAUGAACUGCCUUCCUCCGAACCUCCUUUGGCACCGCUGAAGAGGCCGCAGGCAGAUGAACCUUUGCAAAAGGAUAUGGCUAGAUCGGGGCCGUUUGUUUCAGUGUGCCGUAGCACUAGUGCUCCUGUUACACAAGUACAGUUCACUACACCCCAGCGGCUGCCUUGGGGUGGAAAACCCAAUUUCGAUGUUAAAAUACCUCCUGCUCCCAUUGUGAAUAACGUACCCAGUAUCUUGAAUAACGUACCCAGUAAAAAUGUACCAAAAGUGGGCUGCAAGAUCCCUCAGAGUCAUCGUUUACGUUGUGGUCCCUCUGGGAUUUCUGCAUCUCUGUGCUUGGCUAAAGGCUGCUGCGUAGAUCCUAAAACGUCCUCUUGUUUCUAUCCAAUGGAUGCAUGCACGGCAGACAAGAACUUUGUGGUUGCUGUUGGCCGUGCUGAAAAGCCAUAUCCCAUGGAUCCCUCCAACUUGGUGGUAGCGGGAAAGGACCGAUGCGCUCCAGUUAUUCGGUCCCGUGACUUUGCGGUCUUCAAGUUCUCAGUGACUGAGUGUGGGACUCGUUCUUAUACGCUGGGGGAUACAGUGGUGUACAUGGCAGAAAUACAGUCGAACAUUAAAGUGUACAAUCUCAAAUUCGGCGCCAUCACACGGGAUCCUUAUUUUAGGUUAUUGGUAGAAUGUCGCUAUUCAAAGAGUGGUGCUUUGGGCAUGCCUUUCUUCAUUACCUCUGGAUAUGUGGUUAAAAGUCCGAGUUGGCCCUUGACUGUGACAUCUAGUGGAUUGUAUAAUGUACAAUUGAAGAUUGCAGCAGAUCGCACGUUCACAAAGUUCUACUCUCGAGAUCAUCUGCCCCUCAAACUUCUGCUUGGAAAGUCUGUGUUUUUGGAGUUGCACCUGAGUACCAGCGAUGGCUCUGCAGUGAUCUUGGUGCACUACUGUGUUGCCUAUCCACGCUCUGCAACAAAUGCUUUGGUCCUAAUACAUGAAGGGUGUCCCAAUAAACUGGAUGGCUCAGCCUCCAUCCUUUAUGGCAAAGGCCUGCCUCAGUCCAAACAGCGGCGUCGCUUUGAGAUCAGAACUUUUCAGUUCUUAGAUCUGAAAUCCAAGAAGUUCCUAGAUGAAGAGAUGUACUUCAUGUGCCACACUGAAGUGUGCUUACCCUCUGAGAGAUCUUGUGACGAACGUUGCUUUGGUGAAGCAUAAACCGUGGACCGGAGAGAGAUUCCGAAUUCACCUGUGUACUUUGUCAUGUUUGGUUAUUUUGAAGUGUUAAUAAACUUUUUACCUCUGGUUAA